AUGUCUCAACAACUUUGGACUGAAAAAUACCGACCAAAAACUGUGGAUGAUGUCGUUCAUCAAGAAGAAGUUGUAAAUGCUCUCAAGCAUAGUUUGCAAGAGGGAAAUUUACCCCAUUUACUAUUUUAUGGACCUCCUGGUAACGGAAAGACAAGUACAGCAACUGCAAUUGCAAAACAAUUAUUUGGACCUGAACUAUAUAAAAGUAGAGUGUUAGAAUUAAACGCGAGUGAUGAGAGAGGAAUUAAUGUCAUUAGAACAAAAGUGAAACAAUUUGCUCAAACUGCAGUGAGUGAAAAUCCACCAUCGAAAGGCAAAUAUCCUUGCCCACCAUUUAAAAUUAUUAUUUUAGAUGAGGCUGAUUCAAUGACUGUAGAUGCACAAUCUGCAUUGCGUAGAACUAUGGAGACCUAUUCCAGUGUCACAAGGUUUAUCUUAAUCUGCAAUUAUGUGAGCAGAAUUAUUGAUCCCAUUACAUCGAGAUGUGCUAAAUUCAGGUUUAAACCAUUGGAUAACACAUUACUGAAAGAAAGAUUGCAAAUGAUUGCUGACAAGGAAGGUAUUUCACUUCAAGAUACAGCUGUUUUGGAUAGAAUUGUUUCUCAUAGCGAAGGAGAUUUGCGAAAAGCGAUCACAACCUUACAAAGUGCUUCUAGAAUGUUUGGAUUUUCUAUUGCUGAAAAACAUAUUGUGGAAAUUUCUGGAACAGUUCCACAAGAGCUUAUUGUAAAUAUUCUCAAAUUAUCGAAGGAGCAAGAUAUUAAUGUAAUCAAAAAGAGGUGGAAAAAGUGA